CUUCAGCAUGAUCUCCUGAUUAGAUAAGUAUUAUCACAACCAGCCCACUUUUGGCAAAGCUCUGUUCUCUAAACAUUUUCCGCAAACGCACAGUGCAUUCAUUUAAGGCCAAUCACACAUCCUUUGGUGCUGCUGUUGGCUGAUCUUAACUUUAAUAAACAAACACGGAGAGGGAGGCCGCCUUGUCAAAAGAUUUUUAGCGUGAGUGAAUUGCUAGUCCCUAGAUUUUGUACAAGCAAAAAGGUGUAAUCGCCGCUUUAGCCUUAUCUUUACUGACACUGCUUAAUUCAUUUUAAUGCCUUGGCAUGAAAUUCCAGAGAAGGGCACCAAGCAACCGUUUUUUGGCGUGCAUACAAUCCUAGAUCGUCUAGCCAAAUUCGCUGAAAAUGAUUUGAAAUUCUCUCACGCCCUGUGCAGCGUUUGGGUCUUCAUUCGCACAAUGUGCAUUUGUUCAGAUUGUGCCUACUUUAGCUUCAUUCUUUGGAUAGGCAAUUUGCAAUUUUUAUUCAAUUUUAUUCGAUCUAGAAACAAUCAAAUCAUUUUUGGCGUUGCAUUUAAUGCCUACAGCUUACCCAAGACAAAAAAAUAGGGUCUGUAAAUAUGGGGAUCUAAUUAUAACUUGGUAAAAGAUCGG